AGGAAUUCAUUUUAGUUGCGCUCUAGAGUGCGUUCGCGGUUCGUGAGCGCAUGAAAUCUCUCGUGGUAAUCAUUUCAUUCUUGCCCGUUCCUUCUAUUCCGCUUAGCGGCGGUGGUCGGUUGUACGGUGAUGCUGCGCGGUUCGCCGCUAUCAUCACGCCGUCAGGCUUCAUUGACUUCUAUCAACACGGUAUAUCCAAGCCCCUGUGUGCUGCUUCCUAUAAAUCUUCAUUCCUUGGGUGACCACCGUGUUUUUAGUUUCGGAGACGGGAACGGUGAUGCAUUUUUUUCUCGCUGAACGGCGUUUUACUGUAUGAGAGAUUGUUUCUUCGUCCUGCUACUCGAAAGUUGCGGCGAAGACUGCGCUUAACUAUCUCGGAUGUUAUCUCGUUUUUUUAUAUUUUAUUUUAAUUUGAUAUUUUAUCACAAGCUAAACAAUCUCGAAAGGAUAGUGGACAAAGAAGGAAGAGACGAAUUAGCGCGCGAACGGUGAUGAUACCAAAUGGAAAUACAUAAAUACUUAGUGCGGGUUCAAGCAGUGAAAUGAGAUUUAAAUGUUAAGCAUAAAAACGUCUUGUUCGUGAGGUGUUGAGUUGAUGUUUUCUAAGUGGCACUCUGUCAAAGUGGAAAAACCGAUGCAGUAGCACAGAGUAUGAAGAUAUAUGCAAAGUGAUGAAGUUCAAUCUCGAAACGGCUCUGGGGUUAUGAUUGAUGCCGCGUUUAAAACAGCAAUGCCCGGAAGCCAAGAAACACGUCCUGAUAUUUAAUGUUCACCAUGUAGGAGAUCUUUGGUUCAUAGCCCAUGAGCAAGCGCAUUUCGAAAGUCAUUUGCGACGAAACCAGGUGUAUGUAUAUUAAAGGAUCAUGAACUAUCACCAUAUGCAAAUAUGAAUUAUACAUUCAGUAAUGAAUGUUUCAAUGCUUAGCCAUGAGCUCUCCAAUGCUCAGUGUUUCUAGUGUAUAUGUUGAAAUCGAUACUAAAUGCCAUGCUAGAAUAUUAACGAAAAGUGAGCGGAAAAAAAGCUAUGUGUGAAAAAUAUUAAUAAUCCAAAUUGAUCACGUCUUUUGACAAAUAGAAUAAUGAUUUUAAUACCAGUAAUUACAACCCGGCAUAAAUUGAUCCUCGUACAAGAUAUUGGAUUGGUGGUGUUAAUGGUCCUCGUGUAAAGCGUUGGUGUUAUUUUUAUGAGUUUAUAAUUGUUCACUGAUUGAGUGCGAAUAGCCAAGUGCUGGUGAGUGCUGGGCCGUAAAGAGAUUACAUAAAUUUGCAUAAGCUGACAACUGCUAUUUUUCAUCGCUCUGCGUGUGAGACCUGAUACUGAUCGGGACAGAGUGAAGUGACGAUUAAAAGUAGCACCAUUUGUUUGUUCGAUUUAUCAGAUGAUGGCACGAGCGGCAUGAUAUGCAAUCUCUUCGGAAAUCUCUACAGCACCCGAGGAUGCGAGGAUGAUUGAUGGAACUCGUAAUAAAUAUUUACGCGUAAUCAACCUGUAGUAUGGCGAUUUGACUUCAACGAGACAAUGAUUGUUCUGGCUAUGACGUAAAAUGAGAAACCUUCCACUGAUCAUGUGUAUCAUACUCAUGUUUGUCAAAGUAAGAAUCGUGGAAAGCUUCACAUCUUCAGUUCUAUGUUCAAGGAUUCCUGGCCUGUCACCAUACCAGAAACAGUUGUGCGUUGAAGCGCCGGAUGCCGUAGUGUCAUUAAGUGCUGGUCAAGUACUCGGAGCUCAUGAGUGUCAGCGUCAAUUCAAAGGUCAUCGCUGGAACUGCACUCAAGUUUGGAAGAAAGACAUGUUUGGCCAUAUUGUGAUCAUUGGUUCCCGAGAAGCAUCUUUUACGUACGGAAUCACUAGCGCCGGUGCAGUGCACGCGAUAACGGCCGCGUGCGCCAAGGGAAACAUUACGAUGUGCGGAUGCGACUCGAAGCAAAAGAUGCAGUUUUCCUCCGAAAGUGACAGCUGGAAAUGGGGCGGAUGCUCUGCCGAUAUCGGGUUUGGAAUGCGCUUCACCAUGAGGUUUCUGGACGCGCGGGAGAUUGAAAAUGACGAUCGAAGCUUGAUGAAUCUGCACAACAACCGUGUGGGAAGAAAGAUUGUCAAAUUGUUGUUGCGUACGGAAUGCAAAUGCCACGGUGUGAGCGGUUCAUGCGCGAUGAAAACCUGCUGGAAAAGUUUACCCUCAUUUCACGCUAUUGGAGACGUCAUGCUAAAAAAGUACCGAAAAGCGAAGAUGGUGCAGGCAAUUCCUCUGGUGGGGAAAAGCGCUGGUCAGCUGCAGCUAGUACUGAAAAGGAGAGGUAAACUGCAACACACGAGUGUAAACAGCCAGAAACCAAAGAGAAUGGAGUUGGUCUAUUUGCAACCGUCACCAAAUUAUUGUGAAAGGGACGUUGCGUCCGGCAUUCUUGGAACCAGUGGACGCCAAUGUAACCGUACAUCAAUCCUGCUGGACAAAUGUGACCUGCUCUGCUGUGGACGAGGCUAUAACACGCACCAGAUUAUCCGAAGCUGGCAGUGUAACUGUAAAUUUAAAUGGUGUUGCACGGUAAAUUGUGACAUCUGCACAGAGCAUACCGAGGAGUACACGUGUAAAUAGAGCGCGUAAUGCACAAAAAUCGUCAUUCUGAAUGAAUCGAUUGUAAAUAUUCAGCCAUAUCAUCAUCUAGGUGUAGAGUCUCAAGAUCGUCGUUAUCCUAGACAAAAAUCAGUAUUAUUUUAAUAA